AGAUCAAGACAACUUUUCGCGGUACUGCAAUUCUGAGGGCAGUCAGACACUUGUCCAUAAACUGCAUGACAAACAGCUGCAAGUUUUCACAAACUUCUUUGCCUGCUUUGUUCAGUCUGAACACCUGAACCCAAUACCCAAAGCUCUGGCUACUCUGGACUUUGAUGGCAAACUGCUACCUGUGAAAGUGAUGUAUGUGGGAUCGGAUGCUGAUCGAUUCAGAGUGGCACAUCCACAACACCCUCUGCUGAAGCCAUUCCUUCAACAAGUCUCCAGGGCAUACAUACUCCAUGUGCCAGAUACCUGCAGAAAAAGCUGCCUUUGCAGAGCAAGACCCUGCAGUGUUUGUCUGCCAUGGAUCCAGUUGUGAGAAGGCACUCUCAGACUGGGCUUGGACUGAAGAAGCUCACACAAAUGAUGAGUCACAUGCUGCCACCUGAUGCUGACACUCACCAGGAGAUUCUUCAGUAUAGUGUGGACCAGACCAUGCACACUUUCAAAGAGAGAGAUGAUGUUGUGAUAUGGUGGGUCUCUGUCUUUGAAACAGGAAAAUAUCCAGGCCUGUGCCAAGCUGUAAAAGCUGCCAUGUCCAUCUUCCAUGGUCCCUUUGAUGGGCGACAUCAUAGACCCCAGAAGCACCAGCAUGAACAUUGCUACAUUUAGUGCCAUCCAGACUGUGAAAUACACUUUGCAGUCCAGGAAGCAGAGUGCCAUAGAGAUGUUCAGUAGGGAUGAUGUUAAGUUUGGGGCAGUAGACAGGAGGCUGUGCAGCAACAUCAAUUCGGCAGGAACAAGAGACAAGGCCCAGCAACAAAAGAAGUUGCUCAGAGUCCGAGAGAGGAGGAUGGAGUUUGACUGCCAGCCAUCUACAAGUGCUGCAGAGAAAAGGCUUGAAGCCGAAGAAGAAGAAAAUGUUGUAAGAAAUAGGCACAUUGCUAAGCAGCGAAAACGGGCACUUGAAAGACUUGUGCAGGCCAAAAGACUGAAGAAUGAAAUAAAUACAUUUUUGAUCAGCAAGUUGUGGCUGGUGUGCCAAAAAGUUCAAGUGAAGUGGUGUCAAUAAAUACGUUUUUUUACUUGAAGCAAAGUUGUCUUUUCCCUUUAUUUUCUUGUCAGAGUGCACCAGAAUGCUUCGUUUACAUGUCGGGGAUGAUGCCCCCAGUGUCAUGAAUCCCACCUUUGUUCCUCCCGCUCACCACCAGAGGUAUCCAUCACCUGGGGUUUGACUUUAACUCUCUGAACUCCAUUUCCCAUAAUCCCCAUACCUGGCACUGAUUACCUGCUCACCUGUCCCUCAUUUAUUCAGCUAUUUAAGUUUCACACUCGCUCUCUGUCAUUGCGAAGUCUUGUUUUGCCCAGGCUGACAUUUCUGAGCGUUUUCGUAGUUUGUUGAAUUACCUGUGUAUUAUCCUGGACUGUUUACCCUGUCUUUGAUCCGUUGCUGCCUGCCUACUAUUACUGCCUUGUUUUACAUGGAUAUAACCUGUGAUUGACUGCCGCCUGCCCCGAUCUCUUGACUGUUUAUUGAAUACCCCUCUGGACUGCCUUUGAUAUUACUGCUGCUGGUGAUUUUCCCCUGCCUGUCUGAAUUACUACGUUUAUUGUUAUUAAAAGCUGCACUUGGAUCUCAACUCUGUUGACUCAUCAUUACAGAAGACUUCGACAAAGACUGAUCCAGCGUCUUUAUUCCACUAACCACCAAGGUCUCAGCUCCUUCAUCAAACCCAGCGGCACACCCGUCCUCAGCUAGAAUAAUUCACUGCACCAUGGAUAUAGCAGCAUUCUUCAUUCAAUUAAGCUAGGCAAGGGAGUACUCCCAUUUCUUUUCCACCGUUGCCGCCCACACUGGUUUUGAUGAUGCCUCUUUGAAAUCCAUAUACCGGUUCGGACACACAGCACGCCAGUGGAGGGAAUUGCCAGACUCCGGAGACUACACGUGGGAGGUAUAUGUGAGGCUAGUACUCGAAACAUUCGCUUCGGGGGAGCCUCCUGUUCUACAAUCUUCUACAUCAGAAGCCUUCCCACGCUAUGUCACAGCCACGCCUGAGUUCGCUCCACACCAUGUCACAGCCACGCUUCAGCCUGCUCCAUGCCAUGUCACAGCCACACUUCAGCCUGCUCCAUGCCAUGUCACAGCCAUGCCUCAGCCUGCUCCAUAUCAUGUCACAGUCAAACCUCAGCCUGCACCAUGUCAUGUCACAGCCAUGUCUGAGCCUGCUCCAUGCCAUGUCACAACCACGUCUGAGUCUGCUCUACGCCAUGCCACAGUCUAGCCUUCCGUGACUCAUUGCACAAAGGCCAUUACGGCCCUUGUCUCCAAGUUGAAUUAUCCGCCACUGAUAUCAGUGCGUAGGGCCAUGAAGACUCUUUCCCACAAUUUGUCUGUGCUCUUGCCAGCCACGGCCAACGAGCCGAUGCCCAAACCUGCCACGGCCAACGAGCCGACGUCCAUGCCUACCAUGGCCAACCACGCCUGCCAUGGCCAACGAGCCGACGCCCACACCUGCCACGGCCAAUGAGCCAAUGCCCACACCUGCCACGGUCAACGAGCUGGGAGCCUCAUCCGUCCCAGAGCCAGUGUUGCCAGCCUUGUUCGCCCCAGAGCCUGCAUUGCCUACUUCGGCUGUCCAGAGGAGGUGGAAACUGUUCCGUUUCCAAGUCUCUGCCAGUGUUCACGACCACAGAGAUUGCCUCCGAGUCUCAGCCCAUGUUCACGACCACAAAGGUCGUCUCCGAGUCUCUGCCCAUGUACACGACCACAGAGGUCGUUUCCAAGUCUCUGCCCAUGUACACGACCACAGAGGUCGUUUCCAAGUCUCUGCCAGUGUUCACGACCACAGAGGUCAUUUCCAAGUCUCUGCCAGUGUUCAUGACCACAGAUGUCAUUCCCGAGACUAUGUCCAUGCCUACGACCACAGAGGUCGUUCCCAAGACUAUGUCCAUUCCUACGACCACAGAGGUCUUUCCCAAGACUAUGUCCAUGCCUACGACCACAGAGGUCGUUCCCGAGACUAUGCCCAUGUUCACGACUAUAGAGGUCGUCUCUGAGUCUCUGCCUAUGCCCAUGACCACAGAGGUCGUUCCCGAGUCUCUGUCUACACCCACAGAGGGCGUUCCCAAGUCUCAGUCCAUGCCCACGACCACAGAGGUCGUUCCAGAGUCUCAGUCCAUGCCCACGACCAAAGAGGACAUACCCGAGUCUCUGUCUACGCCCAUGACCACAGAGGUCAUUCCAGAGUCUCAGUCCAUGCCCACAACCACAGAGGUCGUACCCGAGUCUCUGUCUACGCCCACAACCACAGAGGUCGUUCCCAAGUCUCAGUCCAUGCCCACGACCACAGAGGUCACUCCUGAGACUCUGUACAUGCCCAUGACCACAGAGGUCACUCCUGAGACUCUGUUCAUGCCCACGACCACAGAGGUCGCUCCCGAGACUCUGUUCAUGUUCACGACCACUUGGUCAUUUCCCAGUCAUCCUGAACUCUUAGCCUCGAGCCUGCCACGGCUCUGCCUUCUACAACUUUGCCCCUCGAGCCUGCAACGGCUCCGCCUUCCAUGGCACAGGUCCUCGAACUUCCCAUGGCUCUGCCUUCCAUGGCUUCGCCCCUCAAGCCUCCCAUGGCUCUGCCUGCCAUGUCUCCACCCCUUGAGCCUGCAACGGUUCCACUUUCCAUGGCUCUGCUUCUCGAGCUUCCCACAGCUCCGCCUUCCAUGUCUUCGUCCCUUCAGUCUCCCAUUGCUCCGCCUUCGAUGGCUCCAAUCUUUAGUCUGUGGUUACCACCCAGCUCUCCUGACCCUGUUUCAGCUCGGGGGCUAUCAACCAUGCCUCCUGAUCCAGUCCCUAUGCUGAGGUGGCCUCCUGGGUCUCCUAGCCAACCACCUGAUCUGCUCUGGUCCUCUGGGUCUCCUGGUCAUCCACCUGAUCUCCUCUGGUCUUCUGGGUCUCCUGGCCAUCUGCCGGAUCUGCUCUGGUCCCCUUGGUCUCAUGGCCAUCCACCUGAUCCGCUCUGGUCUUCUGGAUCUCCUGGCCAUCUGCCGGAUCUGCUCAUGUCCCCUUGGUCUCAUGGCCAUCCGCCUGAUCCACUCUGAUCUACUGGGUCUCCUGGUCGUCCACCUGAUCUGCUCUGGUCUUCUGGGUCUCCCGACCAUCUGCCUGAUCUGCACUGGUCUCCUGGGACUCCUGGCCAUCCGCCUGACCUGCUCUGGUAUCCUUGGUCUCAUGGCCAUCCCUGUGGUCUGCUCUGGCUCCCUUGGUCUCCUGGUCAUCCACCUGACCUGCUCUGGUUUCUUUGGACCCUGGCGUCACCUGCCUCCUCACUUCUGUCAUGAAUCCCGCCUUUGUUCCUCCUGCUCUCCACCUCUCUGAACUCCAUUUCCCUUAAUCCCCAUAUCUGACACUGAUUACCUGCUCACCUGUCCUUCAUUUAUUCAGCUAUUUAAGUCUCACACUCACUCUCUGUCAUUGCGAAGUCUUGUUUUGCCCAGCCUGACAUUUCUGAGUGUUUUAUUAGUUUGUUGAAUUACCUGUGUAUUAUCCUGGACUGUUUACCCUGUCUUUGAUCCGUUGCUGCCUGCCUACUAUUACUGCCUUGUUUUACCUGAAUAUAACCUGUGAUUGUCUGCAGACAGCCCGAUCUCUUGCCUGUUUAUUGUAUACCCCUCUGGACUGCCUUUAUUACUGCUGCUGAUGAUUUACC